CUCCCCGCGCCGCCGCUUCCGUAUCCGCCUCGCUCCUUGCGGCGCGGCCCCGCAGCGGGGAGGCGGCGGCACCGGGAGCUCGGCUGGAGCCACCCGGAUGGCGUCCAGCUCCUCCCGCGGGCCGCGCUGCCGGGAACGGAGCCGCCGGGGCCGCGCGGGACGGGGCUCGGUGCCCAGGGGCCGCAGCCGGAGCCGCAGCCCGGUGCGGGACGGGGAAUCCCGAGCGUUCCGGGAGCUGUCACCGCUGAGAGAUCCGGACAGUUUGGGUCAUUCUGAAGACAGAGGGGAAAGUACCAAAUCUCAGCUGAAAACCACCCAAAAACCCAAAGACCAAAAUGAUCCUUGUGGUGCCAAUGGCCAAGCCCUUGUGGGGACCGAGGCGCAGGGUGAGCCCUCGGUGACAUCGGAGAAUGGGUCCGUGCCGCCCCGCAAGGCGCCUGGGAAGCGCGGUCGCAAGCCCAAGGCGGAGAUGCUGCUGCUGAAGCUGUCGCAGGACCUGGAGUGCCCAACCCCGCAGCCCCUCUGCCUGCAGAAGGUCCUGGGGAGCAACGAGGCGGACGACGGUCCCGAGACACCCCCCGGCGGGCGCCCCAAGAGACGGGCAGCCAAAGUGGCUCUGCUGUACCUGCAGCAGCUGGCGGAGGAGCUGUCGUCUGUGUGCCAACCUCCAGCUCCCACCGAGGGUGCCCAGGAGCCGGCGCCAGAGCUUGAGCGUGUCCAGAAGAAGCGCCGGGGCCGGAGGAAGAAGGAGAAGGAGGAAACAGAUAGCGAUGAUCCUGCAGGAGAUGCUGACUUCGUGCCUUCAAAGGAGGUGUUGCUGCAGGCAGAGGAGGAGGAGGGGAGCGAUGCGCCGCUCAGUGAGGUGUCGGAGCCGGAGCUGGAGGUGCUGCGAGGACAGGGAGGGAAGACGUCACCCACAGGGAGAUCCAAGCCCCUCUGCCGCGGCCUCGCUCCCAACGGCUUCCACAACUCCAUCAUGGCCCCGGUGGAGAAGUGCUCCAGCCUCACCUGCAGCCUGCGGGACCAGCAGCACUCGCAGUGGGAGUUUCCCGACUGGAUCCCGCUGGCGCACAAGUGGACGUGUCUCUCUGACAGCGAAGCUGCCCCGUACCUGCCAGCAGAGGAGAAGUCUCCCCUCUUCUCCAUCCAGCGGGAGGGCAUUGAAGACAAUGGUGUCCUGUACCGGGUGAACAGGUUCAACUCGCUGCAGCCCCACGCCGAGCGCCUGGACGUCUCCUUCUUCGUGGGCGGCCCCGUGUGGGCCAUGGAGUGGUGCCCGUCCCCGGAGGGCUCGGCGGCAGCGCAGUACGUGGCCAUCUACUGCCACGGGAGCAUGGAGGAGACGCACAGCGUGGCCGGGCUGCACGGCGGCCCCAUGCUCCUGCAGCUCUGGGGCCUGGGCACGCUGCAGCAGGAGCAGGGCUCUACCGACAAAGCCGCACUGGCCUACGCCAUCGCCACUGACCACGGCUGCGUCUGGGACAUGAAGUUCUGCCCCAGCGGCGCCUGGGAGCCGCCCGACGCUGCCAGGCAGCACCCGCAGAUGAGCCGGCUGGGCCUGCUGGCCGUGGCCUUCUCGGACGGGAAGGUGGUGCUGUACGCGCUGCCGCACCCCGGAGCCCUGCACCGCGCCAAGAGAGCCCAGGUAAAAGAUGGGCCCUUCCACAAGCACGUUAUCUGCAAGGUGCAGUGCAUCGCCACGCUCCAGGUGGGCUCCAUCCAGGCCGGGAACGUGUCCGAGUGCGGGCAGUGCUUCAGCCUCUCCUGGAUGCCAUCCAAGCCCCAUCAUCACCUCGCAGCGGGUUUUUAUGACGGCACCGUGGCCAUCUGGAACCUGCUCACCAAGUCCCUGCUGCAGUGCAUGCGCCAGCCCGACGGCUCCCUCAAGCUCUACCCGUUCCGGUGCUUCCCGGCCCACGACCAUGCGGUGCGGAGCAUCGAGUGGUGCAAGGCCGACAGCAACGUCCUGGUCACGGCAGGGAGCGACCGCAAGAUCAAGUUCUGGGACCUGCGGCGGCUCUACGAGCCCAUCAACAGCAUCAAGCGGUUCCUCAGCACCGAGGUGGCCUGGCUGCUGCCCUACAACGGCGUCACGGUGGCCCAGGACAACUGCUGUGCCUCCUACGGGCUCUGCGGGAUCCACUACAUCGACGCCGGGUACUUGGGCUUCAAGGCAUAUUUUGUGGCCCCUCGCAAGGGGACCGUGUGGAGUAUUUCUGGCUCGGACUGGCUGAACACGGUGGCUGCAGGGGACAUCACUGGCGAGCUGGUGGCUGCGGUGUUGCCCGACCUGGCCGUCAACCCCCGCAAUGUCAAGCGCUCCUCGGACCGCAGAUUUGUAAGGGGAGCCGGUCUACAAAGCCGACCUGCUGCCCUGCAGCCCCGCGGGGCCGGAGGGUGCCGAGCAGGCGCUGCCCAAGACCAGGCGCUACAGCGAGAUGGUCACCAAGAGCUACAUCAAGUUUCAGGACACAGACCUGCCAUGGCGGUGCCGCCGCUCCACAGCGCAGCUUCAGGAACCUGCCCAGCCGGGAGCCCAUGCGCAGGAUGCACCAGCAGGAGGGGAUGGCGGAGCUCAACCUCGACCGCCUGCAGCUGGAGUCCCUGCACAAGGUGCGCUUCAGCCCCAACCUGGACUCGCAGGGCUGGCUGGUGUCGGGGGGGCAGGCGGGCAUAGUGCGGGUGCACUGCUUGGCGGGACUGUCCUCUGGCGUGGGCCACGAGCUGCUCCUGGAGCGCCGGGCCCGCUUCAGCGCCCUGCACGGGGCUGAGCCCAGCAGCCCCCGGCCCGCCGAGCGCUCCCCGCUGCCGGCGGAGUAGCGCCGCGGGUCCCUCUGCCGCCACGCGCACCCCGAGCGGGAGCUUGGGGCCGGCUGUGCUGCCCGGGGGGGCUGUGCACCCCCUCUCGGUGCUUCUCACCCUCUGGGCCCCCCCUCGGGGGAGGGACGGCUGCUCCCAGCCGUCACCUGGAACGCUCAGGACACUCGUGCUCUGGGCCCAGAAAGUUCCUUUUGCGCUGUUUGGUCUGAGCUGGUUGCAGGGAGGGUGGUGGGACCGGAGCGUGUCCCUGGGUUGAGCUGCGGGUCUUGGGGCCCGAUGCCGGGGAAGCCCCCGUGGGCCCCCCCGUGGGGCUGUGCUUGCUCUUGCCCCUGUCCCUGCUGAGCCCCGUGUGGGUGCAGGCAGGGGCCGGGGCCAGCCCUGUCCUGGGCAGGGUGCCGGGAGCUCGGGAGUUGCUCACAUUGAGCUUGUGUUCAGCUGUGCAGUAAACGUGGUUUGUUUUCUAA